AUGAAGUGUUGCGUUUUAUCUUGUAAAAACUACUCGGAUAGACGAUCUGAUGCUAUGGAUGGCAUUACAUUUCAUGUAUUUCCAUCGGAUGAUAAUCUUAAACAACAAUGGAUGACAAAAAUUAAUAGACGAGACUGGACUCCAACAAAGUAUACAAAAAUUUGUUCUUGCCAUUUUAAUGAAGAAGACUUUGUCAUGACAAAAAAAGGUCUUAGAAAAUUAAAGAAGGGAACUUUACCUUCUUUAAAACUGGAUAUAUCGGUUAAUAGAAGGUUAUUGGAGCCUACAAUACCAUCACUCGAGCCUACCACAAGUGAUUUGAAUGAAUUUUUGAUACUACACGAUACGCCCAAGAAAAAAAAGUUGAAGCAAGAAAUAGAGCAACUUCGAUGGAAAGCAAAAAAAGAUGGAUUAAAAAUCAGAAGACUUCAAAUGAAACUUAAACGUUUGAAAAAAAAGGUACCUACACAUUCUAGUAGCAUACAAUUUAUCUGCGCGCAAGUUCAAGUUUCUGGUAAGGUGCAAUCCUCGUCUUUAUUCAUCUCGCCGCAUUCGUCCGCAGUCGAGUGUAGUCCUUAA